UUCUUGUUGUACAGUAUGUAGCAAUCUGAAUACAGGUUUCUACCCCGGUCUUUUUCCGUCUCAAAAAAAAAGGAAAGAGGGAAAAAGGGAUUAUGUUUUUGCUUGUGACUCUCCUGAUUCUUUUCAGCAUUGACUCUCGAUCAGAACAAUUACAGGUGGUUGGUCCAGAAGCAUCUCUUGUUGCUGUAGCUGCUGAAGAUCUGGUUCUGCCCUGUUUUAUAAAACCCACCACCAGUGCUGUGGACAUGACAGUGGAGUGGUUCAAACUCUAUGAAAAGGACUCAUUAGUGCAUCUCUAUAGGGAUCAUGAAGACAGAAAUGAAAAUCAGGCUCAGUCCUACAGAGGAAGAACCUCAAUGUUUAAAGAGGAGCUACAGAAAGGCAAUGCUUCACUCAAACUCUCAGAUCUCAGAGUCUCUGAUGAAGGAUCAUACAAGUGUCUUGUUGAGGACAAAUCCUGGUCUGAUGACAUCACUGUAAAUCUCACUGUUGAGGCUCAGGGAAGCCACCCAGUGAUCAGGAUGGAGAGUUUUGAUAACUCAGGAGGAAUUAAUCUAGUAUGUGAGUCUAGAGGCUGGAUCCCUGAACCUGAGAUUCUGUGGCUGGACAGAGAAGGAGUCACUCUGACUGCUGAAGAUACACAGAUACACAGAGAUACCGAGGGCUUCAGCGUUAAACGCCGCAUCACUGUUUAUGAUUCUAGUGACUCCAACAGGUUUUACUGCAGACUACUUCAAAAACAUCACAUGAUGGAGGCAGAGGUUAUCAUUAAUAGUAAAAUCUUUGAUGUUUGGAAGUGGAUUGUCGGCAUUUCAGUUUCAGCAGGCCUUGUGGCUGUUGGAUUAAUAACAACUGCAUUUAAUUGUCACAAGAAAGAGAUUGAAAAGGAGCAGCAGUACAGGGAGUUUGUAAAGAAAAAGCUAUAUGCAGUGGAUGUGACUCUUGAUCCUGAUACAGCUUUUCCCAGAUUCAUAAUGUCUCAUGAUGGAAAACAAGUGACAUGUGGAGACAAGCAACAGGAUCUCUCUGAUACACCACAGAGGUUUACAGAUCUCUUUGUUCUGGCAAUGCAAAGUUUCUCUUCAGGGAGAUUUUAUUACGAGGUCCAGGUCAGAGAGAAAACUGAGUGGAUAUUAGGAGUUGUGAGAGAAAGCAUUAACAAGAAGGAGAAGAUUACACUGAAUCCUCAUAAUGGAUUGUGGACUGUGGCUCUGUGGAAUGAGAUUCAUUAUGAGGCUCAUGAGUAUCCCAUUUUCCCACUCAAAUUGAAGGAGAAGGUGAAAGUGGUGGGGGUGUUUGUGGAUUAUGGGGAGGGUCUGGUCUCCUUUUAUGAUGCGAAUUCCAGCUCUCAUAUCUACUCUUUCACUGGUCAGACUUUUACUGAGAGCCUCUACCCUUUCUUCAGUCCUCGGUCCAAUGAAGGAGGAAAAAAUUCAGCACCACUGAUCAUCUCUCCUAUAAUUAAAGACUAAAUGAAUUUUCCCUUUACAAAUUUAAUCAUCUGUUAGAGUGUGAAUAUACAUGAAUAUAUCUAUUUUUCUGUUAAUUUUAGUGUGCAUAAUCCAUUAUAAUAAAUGAUAUAUCAUAAUACAGUAAUAAUACAAUAAUACCUUGUUGGUUGGUUGGUUGGAUGAUUUUCAUGAACCUAUCAUUGUAAUCCUAUAUUUAUUAACUCAUUUUGAAUGUGGAACUUUGUCAUUUCAAAAAAUAUGCAUGAUCAAUAAAAUUAAUUAAGUUCAGUUGCUGA